AAGUGGAUCAUAUAUAUAUUCACACAUACUAUUUAUUUAACAUUGUUUAACAUGUGUGUGAGUCGUCGUGAGAGAUGAUGAAUUUUUAAAAUUCAACUACAUAUCUUACAUUAUUAUUAUAGUUGAUGACAAUAAUAAUUAAUUAAAUAUAAAUCAUUUAAAUGUAAAUAUGUUGAUUGAUAAAAAUAUCAGAUUGAUUUGACAGGAUAGAUAUACGCAAUUGAAAAAUAUAGCUCUGUGGAUUAAAAAAACAACUGGACACUAUCUAUUAUCUGUUAGUAAAUUGGUAUUGGUGUGCUGUCAAUGGUCAAUCACCUGUUUGAACAUGGCAAAUCCUGGUGAUCGUCUAAAUUAUUUUUUGGAAAGCAGCAGUGAUACUGAGACCGAAUACAAAGACACAGAUGAACAUAUUCGUCAUCGAGGAGUAUGUAAAAAUAGAUUGAGGUCUAGGCCACCAUCUGGUAUUGUUAUGAAAAAUCAAACAUCAACAACACAAACAACAUCAUCAACAACAACAACAUCAUCGUCAUCAUUAUCAUUAUCAACAACAUCAUCAACAGCAUUACCACUAUUAUUACUACAAUCAUCUUCAUCAUCAUCAUCAUCAUCCCAACAACAACCAACAACAACAACAACAACUGGAAUGAUAAAUACUAGUCCACAACCAAGUGAUGAACGUAUAACACUUAUUGUUGAUAAUACUCGUUUUAUACUUGAUCCAGCUUUAUUUACAGCACAUCCAAAUACAAUGCUUGGUCGAAUGUUUAGUUCAGGCAUUGAAUUUGCUCAACAAAAUGACAGAGGCGAGUAUGAAGUUGCUGAGGGUAUAUCUGCAAUGGUAUUUCGUUCAAUACUUGAAUAUUACAAGGGUGGUAUUAUAAGAUGUCCACCAACAGUUACUGUACAAGAAUUACGUGAAGCAUGUGAUUAUUUACUUGUUCCAUUUGAUGCAAGCACUGUUAAAUGUCAAAAUUUAAGAGGUUUGCUUCAUGAGCUAUCAAAUGAAGGUGCAAGAUGUCAAUUUGAAGUAUUUUUAGAAGAUCUUAUAUUACCAUUAAUGGUCAAUAGUGCACGUAGAGGUGAUCGUGAGUGUCAUAUUGUUGUACUACUUGAAGAUGAUAUGGUUGAUUGGGACGAAGAAUAUCCACCCCAAAUGGGCGAAGAAUAUUCACAAACGGUAAAUAGUACAGCCAUGUAUAGAUUUUUUAAAUACAUUGAAAAUCGUGAUGUUGCCAAACAAGUUAUGAAAGAACGUGGAUUAAAAAAAAUACGUCUUGGCAUUGAGGGUUAUCCGACAUACAAAGAAAAAGUUAAAAAACGAGCUGGUGGAAGAGCUGAAGUUAUAUAUAAUUAUGUACAACGACCAUUUAUUCACAUGUCAUGGGAAAAAGAAGAAGCAAAAAGUCGACAUGUUGAUUUUCAAUGUGUUAAAUCAAAAUCAGUUACAAAUCUUGCUGAAGCAACUGCUGAUCCUGCUCUUGAUGCUGGUGGUAAUCCAAUUGAAUUACUUCAAGCUGAUGUUGUACAAACUCUAGAACCUGGUAUACAUGCUAUUGCUGUUGCUGGUGGUGGUGGUGUAGGUGGUGUAGGUCGUAAUCGUGGAGGUAGUGCUGAUCCUGAUAUUGAUGGAGCAAUGGCUCUUCAUUUACUUGCUGAUCAAGUUUUACAAUAAUAAUAUAAAUAAUAAUUUACAUUUUUUUUGUAUAUAGACAUAGGAUUUUAUUUAUAAAUCAUAAAUUAUAUAAACAUCAUAACAAAAUA